UCAGAGGAGGCGCGAGUUAAGAACACUGCCACCACCACCACCACAACGCCCGCUACCACUCCAACACCACCACGGUGGCUCACCACUCACCACCACAACUCCAUUUUCCACCACCAACAUCACCACUACAACAUUCUCAAACCAUAAUUUCAAUUUUACCGAUCUAACUGCUAAUUUUGAUUACGUUUGGAGGACUACAAAGACUACGCCACCGUCGGGUCAAGUGUCAGCCCCUGACCGAGACUUGGUCAACUCAAGAGCGGUGCCCACACACACCUCCUACGGUGAUGGCCACACACGCUACAGGAGCCCUGGCCGCCCUGCUGGUGCUGAACACAGCCGUGGUGGUGUCGGCGUCACCUCCACCAGCCCAGGACAGCCCGCCCCACGUCCGACAUGCUCGACACCUUCACCACUUACUCGACCCCUUCGGUCUGCUGAAGAAGGCCGGGGAGGCUAUGAGCGGGGCGGUGGAGGGCGUGCAGGGCGCCGUCCAAGGCCUGGGCAAGACCAUGGAUCAAGGCGCCCAACACCUCACCACAAUGUUGCAAGACGGCGCUAAGUCACUGGAUUCCGUCUUCAAGAACCACAUGGGACAGGCGCGCGCGGGUCUGGAGGAGGCGGGCAAAGUGGCGACCAUUGUCAGUGAGGACCUGGCCGAGUCGGUCUCCAGUCUGGUCUCUAACCAUCUGCAGGGACCCUCCCAAGACCAGGUUAUGAGGCGGGAAGGCAUCGUCGACGGCUUCCUCAGGAUGGUGGGCAUCGAACCCUCGCAAGUGGGGCUCAUGGCUCUCAAUGUGCUCAUCUUCCUGGCUGAACUGAUAACGUCGUCGCUAAUAGGGAACAAGAAGAAUGACAUCCCGGAGACACGGUCAGGCGAGGACUCCAUCAUCACUUGGCUUCUCACACGCAACCCAUUCAAGGUGGACACCAUGUUGAAGGAGGCGCAAGACCCCGGCCUACCCCGCGCCAUCAUUGAGAAGCUGGUGGAGGCGACGGGCGACGACACCGCCUGCGUGCAGCUGCUGGUGUGUAAGAUGUCUCCCGUAGUGUGGGGCCUCCAGCGUUCCGUCAACCACUCAUCCCAGUCCACACCAAUGGACAAUGAGGCCCAUGAGAAAGGAAUUUUCCAGACGCUGUACUCGUCCCUGCCGGAGCUCGAAGACUUCGUGGAGUUCUCAGAGUCGUGUGAGAGACAAUUUCCGGCUUGUCCUCUCCUCAGCCUCUCUCAACUCGGCGUGUGAGGCCAUACUACUUUCUUGUCUCAAUACCUUCAGGAACGCACCUGAUUUACAUAUUACUGAGAGCAACAUAAUCUUCCGUUUCUUCACGGCCUCCUGGGGCACAGCGCUGUGAAAUUUAUACUUCUAGUCAUCAUACCUGAUCAUUACCUCUAGCCAUUCUCUACAAUCUCAGCCUUCACUCAUCACCACCAAUUACAAACAUGAGAAGUGGGUCUGUACAAGCUCGUGUAUUUAAAUACAAGAUACUGAAACGUUAAAGACGUAUAUAUGAUGACAAUUUCAAGUCGUAAGAGACUGAUACGGCAAGGCAAUCAUAACUUUUCUUUAUUUGUUCCUUAAAUGUAUUUAAAAAAUGGUCCUUAGCCUCUUGCACUCCACCUUCACAAGAAGCAUCAACAACUACAACAGCGCCGGGGACAAAGAUGGGACGGUUUGAAGUUCAAAUUUUGGCGAAUAGAAAAUGGUUUUGGUUUACGAGAACCUUGAUGAGGCUGGCUGAUGAUGGGCAGACACACAACGCGAUAAUUCCUCUGGUGCUUCCUAGCAACUGAAGCAGUUUAAAGACAAUGCCAGGUGAGGUAGAUAGACCUACAAGACGAGGUAGAGAGGUCUACCAGGUGAUUCAGAUAGGCCUAAAAGACGAGGCAGAGCGACCUACAAGAUGCGGAUAGGCCUCUGCAUCACAAGAUGAUGCAAAAAGGCCUACAAGGUGAUGUAGAGAGGCCUACAAGGUAAUGCAGAGGUUUGAAAGGUGAUGCAGAGGCUUACAAGAUGAUGUAGAGGCCUAUAAGAUAAUGCAGAGGCCUACAAGGUAAUCUAGACAACACAAUUCAGAACAGUGACAUGAUGUUCAAAACUUCAGACCACUUAGACUCAAGCCAUUUCUACAAUAUUUUUGCCCGUUGAUUUAAACUUCUGGCACGAAUACAGACAAAUAUACAAGCAAUAAAUCUACAAAAAUAAGCGUCGAUUUAUUAGAGAAAAGAUCAAGGCCGUAUUUUUUUUUUAUUAAAUUAAUAUUGAAAACAAUCAAAGAGAAAACUUUGUACCGUAUUUCACGUUUUUAUAAAUGACAAUGAAACGUGAUUUUUUCCUUAGUUGUCACACCUCAAAGGUUUUGGUAUCAUUGUGAAUUUUGGGUGUUUUGAAUAGUAAGAAAUCUGUGUAGAUCUGCUUCACUGGGGAGACGCGCAGGCGCGCAGUUGUUAUAAGGGAUACAUAGGGCAUUGUUGUCAGCGCCUCACCCAACUAGAGAGGGUCUGGCCUUGUUAGUCUCGAGUAAACAUGUCUCUAAGUC